AUGCCAGCCCUAUAUGCAGCGCUAGCCCACAGUGCGGUGGAAAUGGCCCCGCACCAACUAGCCCGUCGUGGCCUGAGUGUCAAUCACACCCAAGCUGUCACCUUAGGGGUGAUGGGAGCAUAUGUAGUGGUCAUCGCAUUACUAUGGAAUCUACCAUAUGUUCGCUGGGUACUAUGGCCCUUCAAGAUGUUGGUGAUUGCCUUCCAUGAAUUCGGUCAUGCCAUUACCGCCUGUUGUACCGGCGGAAAAGUCAAGUCUAUUUCGCUAGAUCCGCAUGAAGGUGGUGUUACUCACAUGCAGGGCGGUAUGAGUGCGAUCACCCUACCUGCUGGGUACCUGGGGUCGUCCAUUAUUGGGGCUCUAUUGAUCUUCGCUGGAUUUAAUAUUGUCGCCAGCAAAGUUGCCAGUAUUAUACUCGGUAUCUGCUUUCUGCUUACCCUUUGGUGGGCACGGAGAGACUGGUUGACUAUCAUGACUGUUCUUCUUGCGGUCGGGUUGUUGGUGGCAUGCUGGUUCAUUGCCCAUGGUGAAGCCUUGCGCUGGGUCGUGCUGUUUAUUGGUGUUAUGUCUGCCUUGUACAGUGUCUGGGAUAUUUGCGACGAUCUCAUCCUGCGCAAAGUAAACAGUUCCGAUGCCAGCGUCUUUGCCAAGAGAUACGGUGGGUCUUCCCAGUGCUGGGGAGUCAUCUGGUCUCUCAUCUCUCUUGCUUUUAUGGCUAUUGGUAUCGUUGGUGGGAUCGCAGCAUUCCCUGAGUCAUUCAGUGAACAACAGGACGAUUCCAAGCACUUUAUCCCGACUCGCUAG